AUGAACGUAUCAGGGACAUGGAACUCCAUUCCCUUCUGUCGUCUGCAGGGGUCCAUCCCAUAUCCCAUCAACAACAGCGUUCUUUUCGAACUUUGGCUUCCAGACAACGAGACAUAUAACGGCCGGUAUCUAUCUGUCGGAAACGGCGGCUUCGCAGGAACCGUCGACACCGCAUCACUCUUCAAAAAUCUCCAUAAAGGAUUCGCGGUAGCCGGGAGUGAUGGCGGUCACCGGCAGUCCAUCAACGACAUCGACAACGGCGCUACCUCCCUUCCCUUUCUGCACGAUACGCAACAAACCCUCGCUUGGAUCCGCAACUCCAUCGCGUAUUUCACCCCAUCGACGAAGGCCAUUACUGGCAUGUUCUACGCCAACACACCGGAGUACAUUUACUACGAGGGAUGCUCGACCGGCGGAGCCCAGGGGUUUGCGGCGGCUGAGUUUCAUCCGGACCUGUUCGACGGCAUCGUGGCGUCCUGUCCGGGAAACUGGUAUUCGCAUCUUAUGUUGAGCUUUCUAUGGGGAUGGAAGGCUGCCGACCAAGCUCCCCUCCCCCAAUCGACCCUUGACUUUAUUCGCUCCCAGGUCCUAGACGCCUGCGAUGGCCUAGACGGUCUAGAAGACGGUCUUAUCGAGAACCCCCUCGCCUGUGAUUUCAACAUCCCCUCAUUACCCUGUCCUCCUGACGCAAACACCACCACCAGCGAACCCUGCCUCACGCCCUCCCAGCUCAGAACCUACACCCUCAUCUCAUCAGGGCCCAUCCACCCGGUAACCAAGAAAUCCCUAUACCCAGGAUUCAAACCCGGCAGCGAGUCCGACUGGACAGGUCAACAGGGCGAACUAGCACAAGACUACGCCGUGCCGCUCUUCCAGAAUUUAAUCUCUCAGUCUCGGUCUCAGAGCGCGCGGAACUUCACCCUCCCUACCGCGCAAUCUUUCAACUGGACCAGUCACGUCGCUCUCGUGGAUAGCGAGGUCUCGCCUGUCCUUGACGCCAUCAGCACGGAUCUGUCAGUGUUCAAGAAUAAAGGCGGCAAGUUACUCGUUACGCAGGGGUGGUCGGAUCCGUAUAAUGCGCCGACGUGGCCGAUGGAGCAUUUGGCGAGGAUUGAAGAGGUCACCAGCGCUGGGGAAGGUGGGCAAAAUAAGGAAGAGUGGAUGAAGUUGUUUAUGAUUCCUGGCGGCGGACACUGCGGCCCGUCACCCCAUUACCCGGAUAUCCCAUCCGAGGUGAACACACUGGAGACGAUGAUCAACUGGGUAGAAAAAGGCAUUUCACCACGCGAUAUGCGAGCAAGCCAGACGAGCGACGAGGAUCGCACACGGAAACUGUGUGCCUGGCCGCUGGUGGCGCGGUAUAAAGACAACAUGACUGGGGGCCGCUGGAACUGGGAGGAGUUUGAGUGCGUUGACCAGUAG